AUUAUUGCCUGAUUCAGCUCACUGGUGUGCUUAAAAGCCAUAGUCACAUUGUAAUGCAGAGCAGCAUAGCCAGUCAUAAAGAGAAACAGCAGCUGGAGGUACCUGCACCUACUGGCAGGUAAACAGACCAAAUCAAGCUGAGCUCUGUUUAAUUGAUCACGGAAAGGUAUUCUUACAUAUUGUUGUUGGCCAGUCAUAUUAUCUUGUUUCCCCACACAGGAUGAGGAGUGUUGUGAAUAUAUGCUUGUUCGUCACAGACAGCUGACCUAUUUAAGUGUUAUGUCAGGCUGAAAAGAUAAAGAAAGGACAGGAGACAGGGAGGGUGACAAACCGACACAGCUGCUGGUCGACGUACAAUACAGUUAUUAGUCAUAACAGAAGAUGAAUAGUCAGAUUCCUGUGAUGAUGCAUUCAAAAAAGUUAAGAUUUUUUGCCCACAGUCUGGGGAGGUUUGUGUUCUUACUGGGUUUUCUAACAAUAGGUAAGUGUAACUUAUCUCACAAAACAAUGAUUUAAGAUGUUGUUGACUAUGUGAGUGUUUAUGAAAAUACUCCGAGCUUUGUUUCACAUUUGUCUCCAAUUUAAGGAUGUAGAUCUGAUGACUCCACCUGCACAAGUCGCAGAUGUCUGGCUGAAAUGCUGAUAAAUAAAAACAUUUCAUCUCAACCGCAGUACCAAAACUGCAAUCAUACGAUAUAUGUGCCAGUCAUUGAGUACCAAACACUGUCAGUUAGCACAAAGCAGCUCCUCCUAACAAGUUAUAUGAAAGCCACACUUAUAUGGAAUGACCCUGAGAUGAGUUGGAACACAUCAGUUUAUAAUUAUGAUGAGGUGGUUCUGCCAGCAGACAAUGUCUGGACCCCAGAGCUCCAAAUAGCCAAUGGACUACAAACCUCUAUAGAGGAUGGCUCUAAGGACCUGCUGGUAUACAGUAACGGCACCCUGAGGCACACUGUGUUGGUUACUACGGAGGUGGACUGUGAAGUCAACAUGUUCAACUAUCCCUUCGCUGAUGAUAGUUGUCCCGUCGCAAUCGAAUCAUGGUCCUUUGACG